CUGUAAUGGCUGUCAUGCACUUGUUUCACAGAGCAAGGGCCUUCAGCACGACAUUAAUGUCCUCCUCUUCUCUGAUCACGGGAUGACAGACAUCUCGUGGACAGACAAAGUGAUUGAGCUGAAAAACUACAUCAAUAUGAGUGACACCAUCCAAGUGAAGGACCGAGGUCCUGUUGUGAGCCUCUGGCCAGCUCCAGAGAAGCACAUGGAGAUAUAUCAAAAAUUGAAAGCUGUGGAACACAUGGAUGUUUAUAACGUACAGGACAUUCCAGACAGGUUUUUCUACAAAAAAGGAAAAUUUGUGUCUCCUCUAACUCUCGUGGCUGAGAAAGGAUGGUUCAUAGUAGAGAGCAGGGACAAGCUGCCCUUCUGGGAGAACGGGACGGGGUGGAAGGAGGCCUGGCAGAACGGCUGGCACGGCUACGACAAUGAGCUCAUGGACAUGAGAGGCUUCUUCCUCGCGUACGGGCCAGAUUUCCGAUCCAACUUCCGAGCGCCUCCCAUCAGAUCCGUGGAUGUUUACAACAUCAUGUGCAGGCUGGCUGGAAUACAGCCGCUGGCCAACAAUGGCUCCUCGUCUAUCAUGCUCCGAAACACGGCCCCUUUGGCACCGCUCCCCCUGCGUGGCAGCUGCAUCCUGGUUCUAGCGCUGCUCUCCCUCUUCGCCCAGCAGAUCUCCUUGCUGUGA